AGGUCAAAAGACAAAAAUGCGUCUGCUCAGCGCCACGGUAUUUUUGUUGUCCUGUGCGGCGGCUUUGGCCGUCGGCACUGUUGAUUUUGGAGGUCUUCCCAGCAAAAUCAACGAGUACCUGAGAACAAAAACCAUAACUCCUGAGCUGGAGGAGACAUUUGAGCUGCUGCGACAGAGGAAAACAUUGAAGACUUACAGCACGGCCUUAAACAUGAAACUGCUUGAUGGACUUAAUGAAAAGGAGGCUAACAAGGCUGUGUGCGACACGUGUCUCUCAAUCGCCAGCACCAUCCUUUCGUGGAUUGAUGCUGGAGAUUCACGUGAAGUGAUAGUUGAAAAAUACGUUGACCUGUGCAUCACCAUGAAUAUAAAUUCACCAACAGUUUGCAGAGCAACAGCCGAAAUUAGAGUAGAUUUGGGUGUCUGGAUGUACACUGCCAAAAACAGCACACAAUACCCAAUAACACCAGAAGAUAUUUGCGGCUAUAGCUAUUACUCAUCUGGCUGUUGGGUUGGAGGACCACAGUACGAGUGGACUUUAGAUUUAUCAUUUUUAGGACCAAAGCCUACUCCAGAAACACCACAAUUGCCAGAUCCUGGAGCACCAACCCUAAAAGUGCUGCAGUUCACUGAUGUGCACAUUGACCCUAACUACCAGGUUGGAGGUAAUGCAGAGUGUGGGGACCUCAACUGCUGCAGGGCAGAUCAGGGCGCGCCAGCGACACCUGAAGCAGCGGCAGGUUACUGGGGAGACUACAGGGACUGCGACACUCCCUACCACGCUUUCCAGGACAUGCUCACCCAAGCUGCAACCCACACUGAUUUGGCGUACAUAAUCUUCACUGGAGAUGUUAUUGACCAUGGAACCUGGGCGACUUCGACAGAGACAAACACCAAUGCCAUCAUCUACGCGAUGACUGCCUUACUAAAUCAGUUCCCCAACCUGAAAAUCCUUCCUAUUGUUGGCAACCACGAAUCUCAUCCUACUCACAAUUUUGUCGCCGAUAAUCCAGAAAUUCCCAGCAACAUUUCCACUGGCUGGCUCUACAGCUUGGCCGACUACAUUUGGAGUUCCUGGAUACCCAAUGCCAGUGAGACUAUUUUGAAAGGUGGAUUCUACUCCUACGAAGUCAAUCCAAGCCUGAAGGUUAUUGCCCUGAACAACAUUUUCUGUUACAACUUGAACUGGUGGCUUCUGUAUGAAAACGUUGAUCCAGCUGGCCAACUCAUGUGGUUUGCUCAGGAGUUACUGGCUGCUGAACAAAAUGGACAAAAGGUCCACAUCCUAGCACACAUUCCUGGAAGCUCUGAUUGCAUGCCGAACUGGCAAACUCAGUUUUUACGCAUUCUUGACCGCUUUGAGAACACAAUCGUAGCCAUGUUCCACGGACACACUCACAACGAGCACUUAAAUAUUUACUAUGACCCUAAUGACCGCUCUAGACCAACCGGUGUAGGAUUUGUCGGCGGCUCUGGAACUGCCUUUAGCAACGUUAACCCCAAUUACAGAAUCUACACCAUCGAUGGCGACUACCAAGGAUCAUCUUACAGGGUUCUAGACCAUGAAACCUGGUCAUUCAACCUGACUGAGGCCAACCUGAAUGGACCUGAUAUCCCGCCUGUUUGGUCUAAGCUGUAUAGUUUCAAGGAUGCCUUUGGACUGAGCUCUUUGCUCCCUCAAGAUCUCAAUGACUUUGUUGCUAGGUUAGCAACUGACCCUGAUUUGCAAGACCUAUACUACAGGUACUACUGGACAGCAGGAGACCCAUCUCUGGCAAAACCAUGCGAUGACGCUUGCAGGAGAAAUUUAGUUUGUGAAAUAGUGCGAACCACCCAAGGAGAUGAUUCAAAAUGCACUGACUUUUUGCCAUGAGCAAUUUAAUGUGUUUAAUUCCCAAAUAAAAUUGGUUUCUGUACUUA